AUGGUAGUCAAAGUGCCCGUGCUCGCUCGGCGAGCCUUCUCAUCCGGAGUAUCAGUUCGACAUAGAGUCAUUCCUUGUCCACUUUCGCUCUCCCUCCGAAAUGUAGCGGUCACGCAACCAAAGGCUCCGGCAAUCACACACCAUGCUGCUCGUCACUAUGCGAAUGGUAGACCACACCCUCCAGGCGGAACGCAUCGCAUGAAUCUUGGAGGAGAACCUGAAAAGCCUGCUCUUGAACAGUAUGGUGUCGACUUGACCGCGCGGGCCAAGGCUGGCAAGUUGGACCCCGUCAUUGGUCGAGAUGGCGAGAUCCAUCGAACGAUACAAAUUCUGUCCAGAAGGACAAAGAACAAUCCGGUGCUCAUUGGUGCCGCUGGCACAGGAAAGACAGCUAUCUUGGAAGGUCUUGCACAACGAAUCGUUCGAGGCGACGUACCAGAGAGUAUCAAGAACAAAAGAGUUGUGGCGUUGGAUCUAGGGCAGUUGAUAGCCGGGGCGAAGUAUCGCGGAGAUUUCGAAGAACGUCUUAAAUCUGUGCUGAAAGAAGUUGAAGAUGCCCAUGGUGGCGUCAUCUUGUUUGUCGAUGAGCUUCAUACACUACUUGGUCUGGGCAAAGCUGAAGGAUCAAUCGAUGCCAGCAAUCUUCUGAAGCCUGCUUUGUCAAGAGGGGAGCUGCAAUGCUGUGGUGCGACGACUUUGAAUGAAUACCGCCAGAUAGAAAAGGACGUUGCGCUAGCCCGACGAUUUCAGCCAAUACAAGUCGGCGAGCCAUCUGUGCAAGAUACAAUCUCCAUCCUUCGAGGUAUCAAGGACCGUUAUGAAGUCCAUCAUGGGGUUCGUAUUACGGACGGUGCUCUCGUUGCCGCUGCGACCUACAGCAACCGCUACAUCACUGACCGCUUUCUCCCUGAUAAAGCCAUUGAUCUUGUCGACGAGGCUGCCUCCGCCCUACGCUUGCAGCAAGAAUCAAAGCCGGACGCCAUUCAAAAGCUCGACCGAGAAAUCAUGACAAUUCAAAUCGAGCUUGAAUCUUUGCGCAAAGAAACGGAUGUUGCCAGCAAAGAGCGGCGGACCAAGCUUGAAGAAUUGCUAGCUGAUAAGCAGAAGGAAGUCGCACGCUUGACAGAGAUCUGGGAUAAGGAGCGUGCCGAAAUAGAGGUCAUCAAGCGUACAAAGGAAGAGCUCGAGAAAGCGCGGCAUGAACUUGAUCAGGCUCGGCGAGAAGGGAACUUUGGCAAAGCUGGUGAACUGCAAUAUGCCACAAUUCCAAAGCUGGAAGCUCAAAUACCCCAAGAUGGUGCUGCGAGCGCCGAUGGGAAGUCUGGUGAAUCCUUCAUCCAUGACUCUGUAACCGCUGACGAUAUCGCAAAUGUGGUCAGUCGCACGACCGGCAUUCCUGUCAACAAACUCAUGGCAGGCGAAGUCGAGAAGCUUGUCCAUAUGGAAGAGAUCCUGCAACAGUCUAUUCGGGGCCAAGACGAAGCCUUGCAUGCCGUCGCCAACGCUGUGCGAAUGCAACGAGCGGGCUUGAAUGGCGAGAACAGACCUCUCGGCUCGUUCAUGUUCCUUGGUCCAACGGGAGUAGGUAAAACAGAGCUGUGCAAGAAGAUGGCCAAUUUCCUCUUCUCAACUGAGACUGCUGUGAUCCGCUUUGACAUGAGUGAAUUCCAGGAGAAGUACACCAUCUCUCGCCUCAUCGGCGCAACAGCAGGCUACAUUGGCUACGAAGAUGCAGGUCAACUAACCGAAGCCGUUCGCCGAAAACCCUAUGCUGUUCUCCUCUUCGACGAAUUCGAAAAGGCGCAUCGCGACAUCUCCGCCCUCCUCCUCCAAGUCCUGGACGAAGGCUUCCUCACUGACGCCCAAGGACACAAGGUCGAUUUCCGCAACACCCUCAUCGUAUUGACAUCCAAUUUAGGCGCAGAGAUCCUUGUCGGCUCCAACUCGGACCCCUUCCUCACACAAUCCAAGUCAUCAGCCAUUAAGACGCAGGACUCCGAAUCCGUGACCCCCGAAAUGAAGAAAGCUGUUAUGGAAAUCGUGCAGUCCUCCUACCCGCCCGAAUUCCUUAAUCGCAUCGACGAGUUCAUCAUCUUCAAUAAACUCUCACGUUCUGCCCUUCGCGAUAUCGUCGAUAUCCGUCUGCGGGAACUGCAGUCCCGACUUGAUGAUCGCCGCAUGACUAUUCACGUCUCUGACGACGUCAAGGAAUGGCUUUGUGAAAAGGGAUAUGACCCAAGGUAUGGGGCUAGACCGUUGAAUCGGUUAAUCGCUAGGGAGAUUGGAAAUAAACUUGCAGAUCAGAUUAUUAGGGGACAGUUGAGGACGGGAGGUAUUGCCACGGUUGUGAGGAAGGACGAUGGGUUGGAGGUUUUGACGGAGUCGCCGCCACUGGAUACUGGUGGAGGUUAA